AAAACCAUUCUCCUACUCAUCAACGGUUUCAUACUUAGCAUAGGAAACUGCGGCGGCCCUCUGAUGACCCGCCUCUACUUCGUCCGCGGCGGCACCCGGACAUGGUUCUCCAGCUCCCUCCUCACCGCCGCCUGGCCCCUCACCCUCCUCCCUCUCGCCGCCUCCUACUUCCUCCGCCUCCGGUCCGAGGGGCCCGCCGCCAGGCUCUUCUUCAUGACCCCGAAGAUCCUCGCCGCCACCGCCGCCGUCGGGGCCGUCAACGGCGUCGACAGCUUCCUCUACGCCUCCGGCGUGUCGAAGCUCCCGAUCUCCACCUCCGCCCUCCUCAUCGCCACCCAGCUGGCCUUCACCGCCUGCUUCGCCUUUCUUCUUGUGAAGCAGAGGUUCACGCCGUACUCGGUGAACGCCAUCGUGCUGUUGACGAUGGGCGCCGGAGUUCUGGCAUUUGGGGCCAGCAGCGACCGGCCGGCGGGGGAAUCCGCCAGGGAGUACGUUGUUGGGUUUAUAAUGACGAUUUUGGCGGCGAGUCUGUACGGGUUUCUUUUGCCGGCGAUCGAGUUGGUGUACAAGCAGGCAAAGCAGGGGAUCACGUACACUCUGGUUCUGGAGAUCCAGGUUGUCAUAUGUUUCUCCGCCACCGUCUUUUGUGCCAUCGGCAUGAUCAUAAACAAGGAUUUCCAGGCACUUUCCAGGGAGGCGAGAGAAUUAUUUAAGACGGGGGAAGGGAAUUACUGCGUGGUGGUUAUCUGGACGGCCGUCAUGUGGCAGUUCUUUUUCGUCGGAGCGGUCGGCGUCAUAUGCUACGGCUCCUCCCUCUUGUCCGGCGUCCUCAUCGCCAUGCUCCUCUCCGUCACGGAGGUGCUCGGCGUCAUCUUUUUCGGCGAGCAGUUCCGCGCCCAGAAGGGCGUCUCCCUCGCCCUCUCCCUCUGGGGAUUCGUCUCCUAUUUCUACGGUGAAGUGAAAAGUUCCAAGAACGCCCUCACGGAUCCGGCUAACGCCGUCAAGGAUUGCCAGACGGCGGAAGAAGCUAUCUGCUGAUCGAUCAUCCAAUCGCCGCCGUUAACCGUGUUUUUAUUUAUUUAUACGGAGGAAUAAUUCUACUCCUAUACAUACUUUGGUUGGUUGGAGUGUGUAAAUAUUGGUAGUGGAGAAAAUAAGGUUCAUGUCAAUGCAUGUAAAGACAUCUUAUCUUAUCUUAUCAUCAUGUAAUCAAAUUGGUCUUUGUUU